GAUGCUUGAUGAAAUGAAGUUCUACAAAUUAAAGCAACAAAGAAGAACUUUAGGAUGGGUAAAAGUUUCUCCAGUGCAUCUUCCAGCAGGAAAUCUGAGAUUCAGAACAACUUAUAUUUUGGCUGGUAAUCCUUGAUCAUGGGGUGAUCCAGAAAUAAACUACAGGCUUCACAGUGAGAGCAUUUCAAAGCUGCCCUGCAGUAGAUCAGAGCACCCAGGGAAAGGCAAGAGAUGAAUACUAAAGGGGAUUUUCUGUACUGAGACUUACCCAAGGAGAGAACUCUUUGCAGCAUUAUUGUUUUGUUUCAGAAACCAUCAGGCUGAGAUCAAUGCAGGCAGUAAUCACAUGUGUUAUAUACCCUGUGGAACUUCGCACAGCAGGAUAAAUGAGAAUAAAGGCAAGCAGAGGAUGGCUACAAAGAUCACGGCCACAACAAACACCCAGAGAAAAACAAUAGGUCAUGAAGAGUACAGUCUGUACAGUAGCAUGAGUGAAGACGAGCUUAUUCAGCUGGCCAUAGAACAAAGCUUGACAGAAGAUCCCUCAGGUCAGUCAGCUGCCCAGAGUCAUCAGAAAUCGGUCAUGACAGCCCCUGGAGAGCCACCUACGUUGACUCGUCCUUGCUCUCAUAACCCACCAAACCAGAUUUAUCCUUGGCACAGGUUGGCAGCCCAGUCCGGAGGCCAAGCUCCAGGGUCAUCUUGGGGGGUCAGACGAAGGUACAACGGCAGCCUGUUCAUCACCCCCCAGCCUGUAGAGCUGGAUCCUGUAGUGGAAGCAAUCAAGGAAGGAGAUGAAAGUGCCUUGCUCAAUAUGAUGAAAUCAGGGAAGAACCUUUCCGAACCUAACAAGGAUGGUUGGCUACCACUGCACGAAGCUGCCUACUAUGGCCAAGCAGGCUGCCUGAAAGUGUUGCAAAGAGCAUACCCUGGAACCAUUGAUCAGCGUACGCUUCAGGAAGAGACACCGCUGUACAUAGCAACAAGCAGGGGAAACCUGGACUGCCUACUUUCUUUGCUGCAAGCCGGGGCUGAACCUGAUAUCACAAACAAGUCCAGGGAGACUCCACUCUAUAAAGCCUGUGAACGCAAAAACGUCGAAGCUGUAAGGAUGCUGGUGCAGUACAAUGCUGAUGCAAACCACCGAUGCAAUCGGGGAUGGACUGCUCUCCAUGAGGCUGUCUCCCGGAAUGAUAUAGAAAUAAUUGAUAUCCUGAUCAAAGGGGGAGCCAAGAUUGAAAGCAAGAACACCUAUGGGAUCUCCUCUUUAUUUGUGGCUGCCGAGGGUGGGCAGUUAGAUGCUUUGAGAUACCUUGCCAAGUGUGGAGCUGAUAUCAACACCCAAGCCAGCGAUAGUGCCUCUGCUCUUUAUGAAGCCUGUAAAAAUGGACAUGAAAAGGUGGUGGAGUUUCUCUUGUCCCAAGGUGCCGAUGCUAACAAAGCCAAUAAGGAUGGGUUAUUACCUCUUCAUAUAGCAUCCAAAAAAGGCAACUAUGAGAUAGUCAAAAGGCUGCUCCCCGUGACCAGCCGCACUCGGGUCAAGCGCAGUGGCAUCAGCCCGCUCCAUCUUGCGGCAGAGCGCAACAACAAUGACAUCUUGGAAGAGCUAAUUGAGGCCGGCUAUGAUGUGAACACCACCCUCUCCUACGAGAGAGCCCGGCUCUACGAGGACAGGCGCAGCACCGUCCUCUACUUCGCCGUCAUUAACAAUAAUAUCUACGCCACAGAGCUGCUGCUGCAAGCUGGCGCCAACCCCAACGUCGAUCUUAUCAACCCCCUGCUAAUCUCCAUUCGCCACGGCUGCCUGAAAACUAUGAAGCUGCUUCUAGACCAUGGGGCAAAUAUUGAUGCGUACAUUUCUAGCCAUCCCACUAGUUUCCCAGCCACCAUCAUGUUUUCAAUGAAGUACCUCAGUCUGCUCAAAUUUCUAAUGGAUAUGGGGUGUGACGCCGACUCCUGUUUUAAGUGUCAGUACGGAAAUGGCCCACAUCCUGUGCUGGAUCAUAGAAGGGACAGAUUGGAUGAUACCCCAGUGAACAAACAGCCAAACAUAGUACAGUUUUGUGAUAUGGUGUCUGCUCCGGAGAUGAAUCGCUGGGCUGGGCCUAUUAUCGAUGUUCUCCUGGAUUAUGUGGGCAAUGUGCAGCUCUGUGCCCGGCUAAAGGAGCACAUAGACAGCUACGAGGACUGGGCAGUCGUUAAAGAGAAAGCAGAGCCCCCCAGGCCUCUCGCUCACCUUUGCCGGAUCAAGGUUCGAAACGUGAUUGGGAGAAACCGCAUUAAACUGAUUGACACUUUGCCUCUGCCGGGCAGACUGAUUCGAUACCUACAGUAUGAUUAUUCACAGUGACCUCGUGCAAACCUGGUGAUCAGCAGCUUCCUGGUGCAACAACCCAAUUCAUUAGAGAGGAGAGUAUUCACAUGAUCAUGUUGAACGGACUGCAUGAUGGGAAGGAUCACCCCAUAGCUAAUCUAUGUGCAUUACAAUGCUGGAAAGGGAGAGAGAAGAAAGGGAGGGUGAAAGACACAGGGUGACACAAACAGGACAGACUACCCUUUGAUUUUUUUUUCCCAAAAGAAAACAAGUGCUUUGCAAUGUUACACACCUGAAAGCUCUGUAGGGAAGGGGACAGGAAAACCGGCACUGAAAAACUAGCAGAGCCAAAGCCAAGUGACAUUGUGGGAUUCAAAAAAGACCUGAGGGUCUUUCCGAGGUUAGAGUUCUUCAAUGCUCAGGAGUCAGUAAUUGUCAAGAAUCUGCAUAUGUGGGGAAACAAUCACAUUUCCCUGCGUGUUAUUUUGUUUUCUGUCAUGUUAGACUGAGCUGUUUGCUGGUUGCUAAUUCUCUGGUACCUUGACAUUGUCUCUCUCACCUAUUUAUUUUUUGUUUCUUUUGGCCUUUCUUUAUGAACAGUUCACUUGAUUUCCAAGCGUUAAAAACUCAGAACUUUUGAGAUUCCCCCCCCCCCCCCCCCCCAGCAAAGACAUUUUGUAAAUAUUGGUGCAAACCAAGAAGACUUGACUCAUCCUAAACUCCUGUUUAAGUCAGUGGACAUUUUAUUUGAGUAAAAAUCUAAGGACUGAAGGAUUUAGCUCACAGUAAAUACUGCUUGUGGUAUAUUAAAAGUGUAUAAGAAGUAGACAGGGUUCUGGUGUAAGUGAAUUUCUACAGUGAAGAUCCAAAAGCAAUUCUGAACUCCUUUUAACUGGUAUAAAUCCGAAAUAGCACCACAGAAAUCAAUGGAUUUUCUCCACCAUAAAAUUGCUGUGAGAGCAGAAUCAGGCCCUGAAGUUCAGGUGACAGAUUUAAGUGAAGCCAAGACACUGAGCUACUGUUACUUGUAGAAGAGUGAGAUUAUUUCAAAAUUAUAAACACUGGCACUAAGAUUUUCAAAAAUGGGUGCUCAAAAUUAGGCUCCUAUGUCCUUAUUUAUGCAUUUAAAAUAGUGCCAGAUUAUGAUACACUUACAUUAAACAUUUACUUAUGCCACAAGUAAUUCCACUGAAGUCAGUGGGGGACUUGUGCAGUAAGGUGCUACUCAAGGAACAUUACAUUAUCAUAAAUUGGCCCUAAAUGGCCUGAAUUUCAAAGUGCUGAGUACCCAGAAGCUCCCACUGACAUCAAUGGAAGCUGCUAGAUUUCAGCCCCUUUGAAAAUCAGAUCACUUAUUUGGCACCUAUAUAAGGAUUUACAUUAGACCCCUACCUUUGCAAAACUUGGCCUAGAAAUACAUAGGCUCUUCAUCCUCUUAUUGUAAACACAAAAGGAGUUUUGGGCUCCAAUCUGAUUUGGAUUCAUACCAGAGAUUAUCUGCACGUCCAACCAUACAUACAUUAGGUAUGAUUUUGUGUGUUGACUUGCCCACCAGAUACUGAUUCAGAUAGAAAUCUAAGCAAAGCGGGGGAAUUACAGUUAUUCCUGACAAACAGGGCUGCAUUGCACAAAGGUUUCUUUUUGUAGACUUGUACACCUUAACACAAAACUAUUAAGUGUAUUGCACACAUGCAUGUCUGUUUUUGCCCAACGUUUGGGGUGAAAUACCUUCCAGCGCUUGCGGAAGGGAAUGUACGCAAAGUAGCAACAACUGCAGCUAAUUGCACCUGGGUGUGUUGACUGUCCCCUUCCAAAACGCAGUGGCAGUUGAGAACCCAAUGCCCUUUCCAUUCAGAUGGAGCUGUGCUCCUCUUGCAGAGCUUUGAAGAAAAUGAUUAGUGCCUGGCCAGCUCCGCAGCUAGUGAAAAUGGAGACAGCUCCACCCGUUGUCUUCCUUUACUCCCGCUGAUGUGCUGGCCCCUCAUUCUCAGGUCUAACAAUGAUGCUGACCAUUUUCCCUCCUCCGGUGGGUAUCUCCUGCACUCCAGACACACUGUCAGGGUAGAAAGGGAGAUGAAGGACAGAAGAGAUGCCAAACACCAGGCUAUUUUCCACUCCAAAAACAAUGACGGGCCAGAUCCUGCAAGAUGCUGAGCAGCUCGAUAUAGAAACCUCAGAGAGAAAAUAAUUCAGAAUAGGCGCCCGCUCCGCAGUUAGUGUAAAUGGGCACAGCACCCGUUACUCCAGUGGCAUAACACCCAUUUAUACCAGCAAGGAUCCAGCCUUUGGUGUUUGCAAACAGUCUGCUGCAGGGAGCUCUGAAAAUCACCCCUGCUGCCUGGUAACACAUCCCAGCAGCAUGGCGCUUCAGAGAAUUUUUACAUAAUUCUAAGAAAACAAUUUUUGACACCACUUAAAACUCACCACAUUUCCCCCUGUCAAUAAUGAACCAUAAUUUGCCAAGAAACAUACAAUAAAGAAUCAGAAAAAGACUCACCCUGGGAGCCCUACUUGUGAGGCCAGGCACAUUACCGCCUUCCUGAAAGGAAGCUCAGACACAACCUUGCUUUUGAAUAUUUAGCAUGAACAUCCUAGGUGAACAGAUGCAUGGCCUGGCCAUACAGCCCUUACUUAUGCUGGUGAACACUUACUUCAUUGAAGAGACUUAUGCCUGCGAGUAAAGUGCACACCCACAUGUUUCAGAGUAACAGCCGUGUUAGUCUGUAUUCGCAAAAAGAAAAGGAGUACUUGUGGCACCUUAGAGACUAACCAAUUUAUUUGAGCAUGAGCUUUCGUGAGCUUUCAUCAUCCGAUGAAGUGAGCUGUAGCUCACGAAAGCUCAUGCUCAAAUAAAUUGGUUAGUCUCUAAGGUGCCACAAGUACUCCUUUUCUUUUUACACCCACAUGUGAAAGGAUUCCACAGGCCAGUAGUCCUAACAGUACUGUGUGAACUAAGUAGCUUUUGAUAUAUAAAAAAUCACCUGUUUAGCUGGCAUAGCUCACAUCUGUGUGGGUUGAGCCUGGAGGGCCUGGUUCUUGCUUACUUCCACUACUAUAAAUCAGGAGCAACUCCCCUGAAAUUAAACCAGUGUCACAGGCUAGAAUCAGACUGAGUUGCAAACAGAUAUUGAUACUGAAACCUGGCAUGGUGGAGAUGGUUUACCUAAAUACCUAUUUGUUGUAUAAUCAGAUUAUCCGAGGCCACCUUUUUGGUAGAAUGAUCUGCAAUCACAAACCGUGUACAUGCAGUAGUGCUGGUAUUUCAUAAGCAAUCCAAAGCUGUGGAAUACUAUGGAGAGGAAACCUUUACAUAUGCAAAAUGAUCAUGGGAUGCAGGAUUGUUCUGUUUUGUUGAACCUGGAAAAACUGAAACUGGGUAUGGGUUGAGCAAAAGACGUAUUACUCCUUAACUGGAUACCUACAGGCCUGAUUCCUCUAUCAUAUUUGUAUCGGUCAGGAUAAUACCGCCACUGAAAUCAAUAGAGCUACCCUGGUGUAAAAUUAGUGCAAGCGAGAGCAGAAUCAGGCCCGUACUGUGCACAUAAACUGAGGAGAGAUCACUCCAUUGAAGAUUUGACCUGGCAAUCACAAUAUUACUUUAUCCUUUCUGCUUGACCCUCACUGCCAGUCUUUCCACAGUUGGUUUACAUUUAUUUGCACUAAAACAGGGUAGGCUACCUCUCUCAUACCCGAUGUCCUGAAUCUGUACAAAUUCUCCUUUCAUUUAUAAAAAUGAAUACAGCUGUGAAACGGAAAAAAUACUUUGGAGCCAAGGCUGUGGAACCAGUUCAGUAGUUCCAAUAUGCAAUAAAAUGGUAUAUUUUUAUACAUCAGGACAGACAUCUUCAGUGAUGAGAAUUGUUUCAGCUGUUCCAGGAAUAUUAAAUGGCCAGAUUACUGUACUUUUUUAUUGCAACAUGUGCAAUUCACUUUAUGUUCUUGUGCACUUUUUUGUAUAAAAGCUUUUUCAAUUGUUU